UAUUUUUUUUUCCUUUCUGUUCUCUGUUUUGAUACUCCUUGACUUCGCUUUUAUCUAUUAUCUUCAUCUAAGAAGUGGACGCUAAAGGAGAAAUUCAGACGAUGUUAUUAAGUUAUCGGCAUUGCUUGCCGCAUAAUUUGUUUUUAUUCGUCAUAUUAAACUUUGCGUUAAAAUUCGUCCGAUUUGGUUAUUUAGGUAGGAGAUAUUUGACCAUAAGAUGAAAUGUUCUUAAAGUCGUUGAACUUCAAGUAAACUGAUGCUUAAGAAUUCAAAAGUGAUGGAAUCAUCUUGAAUGAAACACAUAAUCUUUUUGAAUUCCACGCUUACGCAAAAUAAUUUGCCGGAAAUUCGCAACUAACAACUCAAGUGAGCUAACCGAGCAGAUGGGUUAGCCCAGCAUGAGCAGCGCGACCAUCGCUCCUGGCUCAAAGGACGAUCUCCACAACCUCCACCAACAGUCAGCCACCUGUCAUCAAGAACUCUCCCCUCGUUCACGUACUUCUUCCCAGUCAUCCGCUGUCCACUUACUAGUUCCCGAAGGGCCACCCGUCCUGCCGUCUAGUCGUCCAUCGUCGCAGAAGGGUCGAAUAUCAUCCUCAUUUUGCUUUGCCUUUCUGAUCUUCACCACCUCUUUAGUGUUCGUCCAACUUCUCUUCCAUGCUGGAGGAUUGGUCACCUACACACCUUUGGUCUGUGAUUCCACUGUAUACGACAGCACCGCGGAUGAAGGGGAAGCUCAAAAGCUGCAACAGAAAGGAAUGCUUUCCGAGGGAGUACGCUUGCGUUUCCCGAGGACAAAGCGACGCCUUCCUCAGUGUAUCAUCAUUGGGGCACGCAAAUGCGGGACUCGGGCAUUGUUGGAGUUCCUCAACUUGCAUCCAAUGAUUCAAAAAGCAACAGAAGAGAUCCACUUCUUCGACGAUGACGAUAAAUACUCCUUAGGACUGGACUGGUACAGGCGUCGGAUGCCUUACUCCUUUCCCGGACAGAUCACUGUGGAGAAAAGUCCAGCUUACUUCAUAACCCCAUCAGUUCCGGCUAGAAUCCGAAAGAUGAACCCAUCAGUCAGGCUACUGCUUAUAGUCCGGGAGCCGGUUACGAGAUUGAUAUCGGACUACGCACAGCUGGCCUCCAACAAAGCCAGAAAAGAGAGAACGCUGGCGUCUUUUGAAGAUCUGGUGCUCCGAUCUGACGGAACGGUCAACACGGGCUACAAAGCUGUACGAAUUGGCAUGUAUUCUUUAUUUUUCCCCCGUUGGCUGAGGACGUUCCCUAGAAAUCAGAUUCACAUUGUCGAUGGCGACAAUCUUAUCGUGGAUCCUUUCCAAGAGAUUCAAAAAAUUGAGGAUUUCUUAGGUUUGGGCCACAGGGUGCUGAAGAAGAAUUUCUACUACAACGAGACAAAGGGAUUUUUCUGCGUGCGAAAUGCAACAGCUGAUAAGUGUCUGAACGACAGUAAGGGCAGAAAGCAUCCCUCUGUUUCUCCAGAAGUGGUAAGAACUCUGAGGAAGUUUUAUGAGCCACACAACCGCCAUUUCUUCAGACAAGCUGGUAUUACUUUCAACUGGCCUACUGAAUAAGAGAAUGCUGUCACUGAGUUUAAUAUAGUUGUCCUACUAACCACCGUUUAAAUUUUUCCUAGAAAACAUUUGGUCUUCAAAGAAAUAUUUCUGUGUUAUAACCAAGAGAGAAGCCUUUCAAAGCAAGAUCAUCUAUCUGUUUGCCCACGAUCUCAAAUGCUCGAAAUGAAUUUUUGAAUAUAAUUGUAUGAUCUAUCAAAAAUCAUAAUUUUAUAACUUAAGAUACCUAUACUAAGUUAAUCGAAAUUCUGGAGGAACAUUCAUAAAAUCUACCGCUGUAUAACUACUGAGAAUGAUUCUUAAACAUAAAUUUGGUGGAAAUCACGCAGAGAUAAAACUGUGGCUGUCAAAUUUUAAUAGUUUCUUCUGUUAAAAUGCAUUUCUUUUUAUUAGGUAUUUUAAAAUAGUGGGAAAGAUUAUCAGUGUUAAGCAUAUAAAUUCUAAACCACUUCUUGUGUCUUUUAUUAGCUGGUUUACCAAUGUUUCGAAAUUACCAACCUUACAAAACACGCUACUAUCUUUGAAGUAAAAUUCCGAAAGCUUUGUGUUUCAGAUAUCUAUUGUGAUGAGAAAUAAAAAUAUAAAUACUUACUGUGAAGAAAACACAAUAAAUGUGCAUGCCAUUUUUCUUCAAAUGGCAUAAAACUCCUUAUUUUUAUUUGAAACUGUGCUAAAUGCUAAAUUAUCAUAUAACAUUUACUUACAAAACCUGUUUAACAACAUCAACUGAUACAGAAUUGUUUUACAUGCUGUAUAAAACAGACCUCGCGAAAAGAAUAAUAUUGAAUACUUUAUUUCAUGUACACAAGAAAAUGUUUUCAUUUACAAAAACAGAUGUAUAUCAAAGCAAUAAUUUUAAUACCUACUCCAUUCUUUCUCUAAAUGUUCUAUAUCCCAUUUAAUUUAGAAAAUACUCUUUCAGCUAACCAAAUUUGUUCUCUGAAAUCACUAUCAAACACUAAACAGCCGACUUUAAGAGUUUAAGUAAUUGAGCCAUCUUCAUUAUAAUAAAGGAAUAAAAAACCUGUUACAGAUAUUUGAAACUGCAAACGCAUUUCUGAUACACUAAUAGAGCUGAAUUAAUAGCAGGGACCAAAAUACUCCUCAAUUACUGCUUUAGUGUUCUUGUGCAUUAAGGGUUCUCAUAAAAAAAAAAAAAGAAAUAUUUAUCUCUUGCUGUGCAUUAAGCCAGUGAACUUAAUCACUUUAAUCCACAUCUUCAUCACUUUUAAUUGCGCUCUUCUGAAAGCUUCAUUAAUAAUUUUUUAUGUGCAGUUAAAGAGGAGGUAUAUAAUUUGUUAAUGAGAGCUGUAAUUCAAAUCAAGGUUUUUCAUUAGUUAUUUCUGUCAACUAUGUGUAUUAAACGUGCAUAUGACGUACUAAGAAAUAUCUUUCAUUAUUCAUGGAAGUUUUAAAAAAUAUACUUUGAAAUGCAGUAUAUUUUUGCUUAAAUUUAUCGCUUUGCAUUUUUAAAAAAGGAUGAAUAUUUUAUGAAAUGGUACUAUCAGACGAAUUCCAAACGCGAAUUUUUCAUAGUUUUAGCUUUUUAAAUGGGUAAUAUACUAUAGAUAAAUGCUCAAAAUGUUAGAUUUAGGGUAAGCAUUGCGACUAUGGUGUUGAAAUUAUAUGCUUUGUGAACAACCGAAAAAUUUUACAUGGAUACUUAAUUUGAAGAAAGCCUCAGUGCUAAGAGAUGAAUGCUGCUCAUCGGUAUUUGUAGUUGUUGGAAAUAAUUUCCUUAAAAAAAAA